CGAAUCGUAUUACAAAUGGAAGGCCACUAUCUCUAAAUUCAAAGCAACCACACAUUUAAUAACGUUGCUCCAUUUCACUGUGACAAGACUAAAGAUUUAGCGUAUAAUAUCAGCAUGAGCUUCUGAAGAUGCGAAAAAUAAAACAAAUUGGAUUACUUACUAGAGAUUAACAUGCUGUUAGGGUUUAAAUUCCUAGAGAGAUGUCGGCUGCUGUAAACCUUUAGCUCAUUAGGUUUUAGGGUGAAGGCUUCGAACCCUGGUCGCCCUGUAGACAGCAAUUUAAAUUCUAAGUCAUUAAUAUAUUUUGAAUUAAAGGAUGGAAAAGGGGAACGGCGGCUCUGCUACGAAACAGGGAAUACUGCAGAGAAAGACAGCGAUGACUUCAACAGUGGCGAAGCCCCUCGAAAAUGGAAACACUCCAAUGCCUCAGAAUUCCACUUCUCUCUUGCCAGGUGAGAGGACUGUUAGGAGGCUGAGAUUGUCAAGGGCACUGACUAUUUCAGAGGACACAAAAGUCUCUGAUGCAUGCCGUCGCAUGGUCCUGCGCAAGGUGGAUGCUGUACUACUCACAGAUUCAAAAUCUGUUCUUUGUGGGAUUAUGACCGACAAGGAUAUAGCAACCAGGGUUAUAGCAGAAGGUUUGAAGCCAGACUUGACACCGGUUUCAAAGGUUAUGACAAAGGAUCCCACCUAUGUUAUGAUGGACACCUCAGCUGUUGAAGCCCUUGAGAAGAUGGUUCAAGGUAAAUUCAGGCACCUGCCUGUUGUGGAAAAUUCUGAAGUCAAAGCAUUGCUUGAUAUUACAAAGUGCCUCUAUGAUGCCAUAGCAAGAAUGGAAAAGGCUGCAGAGAAGGGAAGUGCCAUUGCAGCUGCAGUUGAAGGUGUUGAACGGCAGUAUGGAGAUGCUCCAAGUACCUUCAUUGAAUCAUUACGGGAGCAGAUGUUUAGGCCCACUUUAUCAACACUCAUCACAGAUAAUAGAAAGAUAGCGACCGUCUCACCAUUUGAAUCUGUUUAUAUGGCUACAAAGAAGAUGCGUGAAUAUAAAGUUAAUUCAGUUGUCAUUACAACUGGAAAUAAACCGAAAGGAAUUCUCACUUCAAAGGAUGUGCUUGUACGGGUUGUUGCACAAAACCUUUCUGCAGAGUCGACUCUUGUAGAUAAGGUAAUGACUCGAAAUCCAGAGUGUGCAACUACAGACACAACAAUUGUUGAUGCACUGCAUAUCAUGCAUGAUGGGAAGUUUUUGCAUCUUCCAGUUAUUGAUAAAGAUGGAUUCGUUGUAGCCUGUGUAGAUGUAUUACAGAUAACUCAUGCAGCAAUAUCGACAGUUGGAGGUGCAAAUGAUGUGGGAAGCUCAAUGCUGCAGAAGUUUUUGGAUUCAACCCUUUCACUAGAGCCGCGGGAGGAUGAGGAGGAUAGUCGCAGUGAUAUCUCCUCAAGGUUGCCAAAUGAUGUCUUAGAAACUGGAAAAGUAGGAUACCCAUAUUUAGGUCUUGGAAAUUCCUUUGCUUUCAAGUUACAUGAUUCGAAGGGACGGGUUCAUCGCUUUAAUUGUGGUACGGAGAGCUUGACAGAACUGGCAUCUGCUAUUGUUCAACGAAUAGGAGAUGACCUUGAUCAAAGUCAGCCCACUCAGAUUCUGUAUGAAGAUGAUGAAGGCGAUAAAGUCCUCCUCUCAACAGAUAGUGACCUUUCUGAUGCAGUAAGCCAUGCCAGGCUUGCAGGGUGGAAGGUACUGAGGUUGCACAUUGACAACAUGAAAUCAUUGGUUAAUGAAAUUCUUCAGCCUAGGGAACCUGUUGCGUUAGAUAUUGCAAAGAAUCACCAUUCAUCUUCAGCAUAUACUGCAGUUAUCACAGGAGCUGUUAUACUGGCUGCUGUCAGUUUAACCGUCUAUUUGAAAAGGUCUUCGUAAACAUAAACAAAGUAUAAAAAAUGACAAGCUUGCACCACUUCAAGGAAUAAAGUUGCUUGAUUUUCAGUGGUCUAUCUAAAAGCUCAAUACUACAAAUAUUUAUCCAAUAAGUUACGCAGUUAGCUGAUUUGUUUCACUGUUCAAGCAGAUGUGGGUUAUCUCAUUUCCCUUUUGGGAAAAUGAUAACCUAUCAGAUGGUCUUCAAUUUUAGGAUAUUUGAGGGAUGCCAGUAUUAGUGUUAUACUGGUAUUCUUGAGUACAAGAAAAUAUCUAUGCCUCAGUUUACAGUGCUGUAUAAUGUGAUUACGUAAAAUACUUUGGAUACCAACGAGGAGUCUGUUACCUAAAAAAUCUCCUGUAGUUUCAUAUUUGUUCAUAUACCUGGAUAUCCUUUUAAAAAUUUAAGUUGCUGGAGUUAAUAAUAGGCUCUGGUUGGAAGGCAAAACACCUGGGGGUGCCUCUCUAAAAAGAACUGAAAUUGAUCUUUUAAGUGCUGGUUAGGAGAUGUUUCUGUUGCAGAUGGGUAAAUGGUAACAGAGACAUUCAUUUUUGAUAGUAAAUUGGUGAGAUGUAAAAUUCCCGAAGCUUGUACAGAGCAAAUGCCAGUAUGUUGGACGGGUGUCUGGAUGACAAAAAUGGGAGUCAUGUUUUGUAAAAUUUGCAUUUGUAACUUUGCACAAUUCUCUGGUAAGGCGUGCACUGAAUUUUGGGUCUUCAAAGUGCAAAACCUUUUUUAGCAUAUAAUUUUCUACAAGAAAAUUCGUUUGGCAUUUUCUGUAAAAAAUUCCAUUGAUUUUGAAAUUAGUAGUUUCGCUGCUAAGUCCUUUUUACAUGUAAUUAGCAGUUUCCUUUGUUUAACUAUCAAUGGAGUGAAAGUCUUUUCCUUUA